ACUGGGGCUUGGCCGUGAGUCGGUGUUGGCUAUGAUGGGGAGCCGGGAGCAGCGAGGCGGUCAGUAGCAGCGGCAGCGGCGGCAGCCGGGAGCAGACACGAGAGCCGGCGCUCUUCCCGGCAGGCUGCGCUGUGAUCUGGGCUGCGGAUUGGAAUAUCGCGCCCAGUCCCCCUCCUCCCGCUGCCUUUCUCCUCCUACCGGGCCCCCCUCCCCGCCUACGAGCCCCCGGCAGCGGCGUCCGGAGUGCUGAGCCCCUCUGCUUGCGGCCCCAGUCCCGGCGAGCGCGCGGCGGGCACUGCGGCGGCAGCAGCGACCAGGUGGCCGGCUCGCUCUGGGCAGGGGCGCCGAGAAAGGAAGACCACGGGGAAAGCGCCUGGUAGAGCCCUGGAGUCGCCGGCCGAGGCAAGGGAUGGAAGUAUGAUGCGAUGGAUAUAAUUAUGGGAUACUGUGCAGGAACCCGGCCUCCUUCUUGCCUCAUCCUCCUGCUUCUCAAGCUGUUGGCCACUGUCUCCCAGGGUCUGCCGGGGACUGGGUCCCUGGGCUUCCGCUUCACACAUUCCGUUUAUAAUGCCUCUGUGUAUGAGAACUCAGCAGCAAGGACCUACGUCAACAGCCAGAGUAGAAUGGGCAUCACCCUAAUAGAUCUGUCCUGGGAUAUCAAAUACAGGAUAGUGUCUGGAGACGAGGAAGGCUUUUUCAAAGCCGAGGAAGUCAACAUUGCAGAUUUCUGUUUUCUCAGAAUAAGAACUAAAGGUGGCAAUUCUGCCAUAUUGAAUAGGGAAAUCCAGGACAAUUAUUUAUUGAUAAUAAAAGGUUCUGUCAGGGGAGAGGAUUUAGAAGCAUGGACCAAAGUGAAUAUACAGGUUUUAGAUAUGAAUGAUCUGAGACCUUUGUUUUCACCCACAACAUACUCUGUUACAAUAGCAGAAAGCACACCUUUAAGGACUAGUGUCGCCCAGGUGACCGCUACAGAUGCAGACAUUGGUUCCAAUGGUGAAUUCUACUACUACUUUAAAAAUAAAGUUGAUCUCUUUUCAGUUCACCCCACGAGUGGUGUCAUCUCUUUAAGUGGACGAUUAAAUUACGAUGAAAAGAAUAGGUAUGACCUGGAAAUUUUGGCUGUGGAUCGGGGUAUGAAACUCUAUGGAAACAACGGAGUGAGCAGUACUGCAAAGCUUUAUGUUCACAUUGAACGUAUUAAUGAACACGCCCCAACCAUCCAUGUGGUCACUCAUGUUCCUUUCUCAUUGGACAAAGAGCCAACGUAUGCAGUGGUGACGGUUGAUGACCUAGAUGAGGGGGCCAAUGGAGAGAUUGACUCUGUUUCCAUUGUGGCUGGGGAUCCUUUAGAUCAGUUUUUCCUGACUAAAGAAGGAAAGUGGAUGAACGAGUACAAGAUUAAAGAGAGAAAGCAGGCUGACUGGGAGAGCUUUCCUUAUGGCUACAAUCUUACUCUUCAAGCAAAAGACAAGGGGUCACCUCAGAAGUUUUCAGCAGUAAAGGUAGUCCACAUUGCCAACCCCAAAAGAGACACUGUCCCAAUUCAAUUUGAAAAAGACGUGUACGAUGUGAGCAUUAGUGAAUUUUCCCCUCCCGGUGUAGUGGUUGCUAUAGUAAAGUUAAAUCCCGAACCGCUAGAUGUGGAAUACAAAUUAUCUCCCGGUGAGGAUGCAGAGUACUUUAAAAUUAAUCCCCGGUCAGGUCUGAUUGUCACAGCUCAGCCACUGAAUACUGUUAAGGAGGUUUAUAAACUGGGGGUGACAAACAAGGAAGGAGAUUUAAAAGCACAAGUCACUGUUGGCAUAGAAGAUGCAAACGACCACACCCCAGAAUUUCAACAGCUACUGUACGAUGCUUUUGUGAAUGAAAGUGUUCCGGUGGGAACCAGUGUUCUGACAGUGUCAGCUUCUGACAAGGAUAAAGGAGAAAAUGGCUACAUCACCUAUAGUAUUGCCAGCCUGAAUUCGUUACCAUUUGCCAUUAACCAGUUUACAGGUGUUAUUAGCACAACUGAAGAAUUGGAUUUUGAAUCUUGUCCAGAAAAUUACAGGUUCAUUGUAAGAGCCUCUGACUGGGGUUCACCAUAUCGCCAUGAAAGUGAGGUAAAUGUGACUAUUCGAAUAGGAAAUAUCAAUGACAACAGCCCUCUCUUUGAAAAAGUGGCCUGCCAGGGAGUUAUUUCAUAUGACUUUCCAGUUGGGGGUCACAUCACAGCUGUCUCAGCAAUUGAUACUGAUGAACUUGAACUUGUGAAGUACAAAAUCAUCUCUGGAAAUGAACUUGGUUUCUUUUAUUUAAACCCAGACUCUGGUGUCUUACAGCUUAAAAAGUCGUUGAUGAAUUCUGGCAUUAAAAAUGGUAAUUUUGGCCUCAGAAUUACAGCAACUGAUGGAGAGAAUUUUGCAGAGCCCAUGUCUGUUAACAUUUCCGUCCUACAUGGGAAGGUUUCUUCAAAGAGCUUCAGCUGCAGAGAAACUCGCGUGGCUCAAAAGCUGGCAGAGAAACUACUCAUCAAGGCAAAAGCAAAUGGGAAACUGAAUCUGGAAGACGGGUUUCUUGACUUUUAUUCAGUUAAUAGGCAAGGACCACAUUUUGACAAGUCUUUUCCUUCUGAUGUGGCUGUGAAGGAGGAUCUGCCAGUUGGUGCUAAUAUCCUGAAGAUUAAAGCCUAUGACUCCGACUCUGGCUUCAAUGGAAAGGUGCUAUUUACAAUAUCUGAUGGAAAUACAGAUAGUUGCUUUAAUAUUGAUAUGGAGACUGGGCAACUUACAGUUCUUAUGCCCAUGGAUCGAGAACAGACAGAUCUUUAUCUCCUUAAUAUCACCAUCUAUGAUUUAGGCAAUCCACAAAAAUCUUCAUGGAGGUUGCUGACUAUCAAUGUUGAAGAUGCUAAUGACAAUAGCCCGAUUUUUCUUCAAGACAGUUACUCAGUUAACAUUCUUGAAAGUUCAAGUAUUGGUACUGAAAUUAUUCAAGUGGAAGCCAGAGACAAGGACUUGGGUUCUAAUGGUGAAGUGACUUACUCAGUCUUGACAGAUACACAGCAGUUUGCCAUCAAUAGCUCAACUGGGAUCGUUUAUGUAGCUGACCAAUUGGACCGGGAAUCUAAAGCAAACUAUUCUUUAAAAAUAGAAGCCAGGGACAAGUCAGAAAGUAGUCAGCAGCUGUUCUCCGUUGUCACUCUCAAAGUGUUUUUGGAUGACGUCAAUGACUGCUCCCCAGCCUUCAUUCCCAGCAGCUACAGCGUGAAGGUUCUCGAAGAUCUUCCCAUUGGCACUGUCAUUGCUUGGCUGGAGACCUACGAUCCGGAUCUUGGAUUAGGGGGUCAAGUGCGCUACUCUUUGGUCAAUGAUUAUAAUGGGAGAUUUGAAAUAGAUAAAGCGAGUGGUGCCAUCCGUUUGAACAAAGAACUUGACUAUGAGAAGCAGCAGUUCUAUAACCUCACAGUUCGGGCCAAAGACAAAGGGCGGCCCGUGUCUCUAUCAUCCCUUUCCUUUGUUGAGGUGGAAGUGGUGGAUGUCAAUGAAAAUCUCCACACCCCCUAUUUCCCAGAUUUUGCUGUCGUUGGAUCUGUAAAAGAAAACUCACGCAUUGGAACAAGUGUGCUGCAGGUGACUGCCCAAGAUGAGGACUCUGGGAGGGAUGGAGAGAUCCAAUACUCCAUCAGGGAUGGCAGUGGUCUUGGAAGAUUUAAUAUAGAUGAUGAGAGUGGGGUCAUCACGACUGCAGACAUUCUUGAUCGAGAGACAACGGGGUCGUACUGGCUGACGGUGUAUGCCACAGAUCGGGGUGUUGUUCCGCUCUAUUCCACUCUUGAGGUCUACAUUGAAAUCGAAGAUGUGAAUGACAAUGCCCCACUGACCUCGGAACCUAUUUAUUAUCCUGUUGUCAUGGAAAACUCUCCCAAGGAUGUAUCUGUCAUUCAGAUCCAGGCUGAGGAUCCUGACUCCAGUUCCAAUGAAAAACUGACAUACAGGAUUACAAGUGGGAAUCCUCAGAAUUUUUUUGCCAUAAAUAUCAAAACAGGUCUGAUUACAACAACUUCGAGGAAAUUGGAUCGAGAACAGCAGGCAGAACAUUUUCUGGAGGUGACCGUGACAGAUGGCAGUUCCUCUCCAAAACAGUCCACCAUUUGGGUGGUGGUUCAGGUUCUGGAUGAAAACGACAACAAGCCCCAAUUCCCCGAGAAGGUCUACCAGAUCAAGCUGCCAGAACGGGACCGAAGAAAGAGAGGAGAACCCAUUUACAGGGCUUUUGCAUUCGAUAGAGAUGAGGGUCCCAAUGCAGAAAUCUCCUACAGCAUCGUGGAUGGGAAUGAUGAUGGAAAGUUUUUUAUUGACCCUAAAACUGGCAUGGUUUCUUCUAGAAAGCAGUUUACAGCGGGGAGUUAUGACAUCCUAACGAUAAAGGCGGUAGACAAUGGGCGUCCACAGAAAUCCUCCACGGCCCGCCUCCACAUUGAAUGGAUUAAAAAACCACCCCCUUCACCUAUACCACUGACCUUUGAUGAACCAUUUUACAACUUCACAGUCAUGGAAAGUGACAGAGUAACAGAGAUCGUAGGGGUGGUGUCUGUGCAGCCAGCUAACACCCCUCUGUGGUUUGACAUAGUUGGGGGGAAUUUUGACAGCUCUUUUGACGCAGAGAAGGGUGUCGGGACAAUUGUCAUUGCAAAACCUUUGGACGCUGAACAGAGGUCUGUUUAUAAUAUGAGUGUGGAAGUCACCGAUGGGACAAAUGUUGCUGUCACUCAGGUAUUUAUCAAAGUGCUGGAUAAUAAUGAUAAUGCCCCAGAAUUCUCUCAGCCAAAUUACGAGGUGACAAUUUCUGAGGAUGUGCUUCCAGAUACUGAGAUCUUGCAGAUUGAAGCCACAGAUAGAGACGAGAAGAACAAGCUGAGCUACGCUGUCCACAGCAGCAUUGACCCUGUCAGCCUGAGAAAAUUCCGGAUUGACCCCAGCACCGGCGUCCUCUAUACUGCUGAGAGACUGGACCACGAGGCCCAGGACAAGCACAUUCUCAACAUAAUGGUCAGAGAUCAGGAGUUUCCUUACCGAAGAAACUUGGCACGAGUCAUUGUGAAUGUGGAAGAUGCUAAUGAUCAUAGUCCUUAUUUUACCAAUCCAUUGUAUGAAGCAUCUGUGUUUGAAUCGGCUGCUUUGGGAUCAGCUGUUCUGCAAGUGACUGCUCUGGACAAAGACAAAGGGGAAAAUGCAGAACUCAUAUAUACCAUAGAAGCAGGGAACACUGGGAACACAUUUAAGAUUGAACCAGUCCUGGGCAUCAUCACCGUUUCCAAAGAACCAGACAUGACAACAAUGGGUCAGUUUGUCCUGUCAGUCAAAGUCACAGAUCAGGGUUCCCCGCCAAUGUCUGCCACUGCAAUUGUGCGCAUUUCUGUCACCAUGUCUGAUAAUUCUCAGCCCAGAUUUACUCACAAAGACUACCAAGCAGAAGUAAAUGAGAAUGUUGAUAUUGGAACAUCAGUCAUUCUCAUCUCUGCCAUCAGUCAAUCUACCCUCAUUUAUGAAGUCAAAGAUGGAAACAUUGAUGGAAUCUUUACCAUAAAUCCAUAUUCUGGAGUCAUCAGCACCCGGAAGGCACUAGAUUACGAACGCACUUCCUCUUAUCUGAUCAUCAUUCAGGCCACUAACAUGGCAGGAAUGGCUUCCAAUGCCACGGUCAGUAUUCAGAUUGUUGAUGAAAAUGAUAAUGCCCCGGUUUUUCUCUUUUCUCAGUACUCGGGCAGCCUAAGUGAGGCUGCUCCAGUCAAUAGCAUUGUCAGGAGCUCAGACAACAGCCCUCUGGUGAUUCGAGCCACCGACGCGGAUAGCAAUCGGAAUGCUCUGCUUGUCUAUCAGAUUGUGGAGUCCAUGGCCAAGAAGUUCUUCACUGUCGACUCCAGUACAGGUGCAAUCAGGACAAUUGCCAACUUGGACCAUGAAACCAUUGCCCAUUUCCAUUUUCAUGUGCAUGUGAGAGACAGUGGUAGUCCCCAGCUGACUGCAGAGAGUCCUGUAGAAGUCAACAUUGAGGUGACAGAUGUGAAUGAUAACCCACCUGUUUUCACUCAGGCUGUGUUUGAGACUGUCUUACUCCUACCUACCUAUGUCGGAGUGGAGGUUCUGAAAGUCAGUGCCACGGAUCCUGACUCUGAGGUACCCCCUGAACUGACCUACAGCCUAAUGGAAGGUAGCUUGGAUAAUUUUUUAAUUGACUCAACUAGUGGUGUGCUCACCAUAAGAAACAACAACCUCUCCAAAGAUCACUACAUGCUGAUAGUUAAAGUGUCUGAUGGGAAGUUCUACAGUACAUCCAUGGCCACUAUCAUGGUUAAAGAAGCUAUGGACAGUGGCCUCCGCUUUAUACAAAGCUUUUACUCCUCUUCAAUCUCAGAGAACAGCACUAACAUAACCAAAGUUGCUAUUGUCAAUGCAGUUGGAAACCGCCUUAAUGAGCCCUUAAAAUAUAGCAUCUUAAACCCAGGAAAUAAGUUCAAGAUUAAAUCUACCUCAGGGGUCAUUCAAACCACUGGAGUCCCCUUUGACCGUGAAGAACAAGAGUUAUAUGAGCUGGUAGUGGAAGCCAGCCGUGAGCUAGACUAUCUGCGUGUGGCAAGGGUAGUGGUCAGGGUUAACAUCGAAGACAUAAACGACAAUUCUCCGGUCUUUGUGGGCCUCCCUUACUAUGCUGCUGUGCAAGUUGAUGCUGAGCCCGGGACUCUGAUUUACCGUGUGACAGCCAUCGACAGAGAUAAAGGUGCAAAUGGGGAAGUGACCUAUGUCCUCCAGGAUGACUAUGGCCACUUUGAAAUUAACCCCAGUUCAGGGAAUGUUAUUUUAAAAGAAGCAUUCAACUCCGACUUGUCCAACAUUGAAUAUGGAGUCACCAUCCUAGCCAGAGAUGGUGGAACACCCUCUUUGUCCACAUCUGUGGAACUUCCCAUCACUAUUGUCAACAAAGCAAUGCCUGUGUUUGACAAGCCCUUUUAUACAGCAUCCAUCAAUGAAGACAUCAGAUUGGACACCCCCAUUCUAAGCAUCAAUGCCACCAGUCCAGAAGGCCAAGGAAUCAUAUACAUCAUUAUUGAUGGGGAUCCUUAUAAACAGUUUAACAUUGACUUUGACACUGGGGUCCUGAAAGUUGUUGGCCCUUUGGAUUAUGAAAUUACAUCUGAUUACAAGUUGACAGUAAGAGCCAGUGAUGCCCUUACUGGCGCCAGGGCUGAAGUCACUGUUGACUUGCUAGUUAACGAUGUAAAUGACAAUCCCCCCAUUUUUGAUCAAGUCACAUACAAUACAACAUUAUCAGAAGCAUCUCUCAUUGGGACACCUGUUUUGCAAGUUGUCUGUACUGAUGCGGACUCAGAAAAUAAUAAAAUGGUACACUAUCAGAUUGUCCAGGAUACUUACAACAGCACAGAUUUUUUUCACAUAGACAGUGCAAGUGGCUUGAUCCUGACAGCACGGAUGCUGGACCAUGAGUUAGUACAACACUGUACUUUGAAAGUCAGAGCAACAGAUAAUGGCUUCCCAUCACUGAACAGUGAGGUCCUCGUUCAUAUCUACAUCUCAGACAUAAAUGACAACCCUCCGGUUUUUAACCAGCUCAUUUAUGAAUCAUAUGUGAGUGAAUUAGCCCCCCGUGGCCAUUUUGUAACCUGUGUACAAGCCUCUGAUGCUGACAGCUCUGAUUUUGACCGGUUGGAAUAUAGUAUUUUAUCUGGGAAUGACCGGACAAGCUUUCUAAUGGACAGCAAAAGUGGAGUCAUUUCCCUCUCCAACCACCGGAAGCAGCGGAUGGAGCCUCUGUACAGUUUGAACGUGUCUGUCUCUGAUGGGUUGUUCACCAGCACUGCACAGGUGCAUGUCAGGGUACUCGGAGCUAAUUUGUACAGCCCUGCUUUUUCACAAAACACAUAUGUAGCUGAAGUGAGAGAGAAUGCAGCUGCUGGGACAAAGGUAAUUCACGUUCGAGCCACAGACGGGGAUCCAGGGACAUAUGGGCAGAUCAGCUAUGCCAUCAUCAAUGACUUUGCCAAGGAUCGAUUCCUCAUAGACAGCAAUGGACAGGUCAUAACAACAGAAAGGCUAGACAGGGAAAACCCUUUGGAAGGAGACAUUAGUAUUUUUUUGAGAGCUCUCGAUGGUGGGGGAAGAACGACUUUCUGUUCUGUGAGGGUGAUUGUUGUGGAUGAAAAUGACAAUGCUCCCCAGUUCAUGACAGUGGAAUACAGGGCCAGCGUCAGGGCAGACGUUGGAAAGGGCUACUUGGUCACUCAGGUUCAAGCCAUGGAUCCAGAUGAUGGAGGAAAUUCAAGGAUUACUUAUUCCUUGUACAGCGAGGCCUCAGUCUCAGUGGCUGACCUCUUAGAAAUUGAUCCUGAUAAUGGCUGGAUGGUCACAAAGGGCAAUUUUAACCAGCUGAGAAAUACAGUGCUGUCAUUCUUUGUCAAAGCAGUGGAUGGGGGUAUUCCAGUAAAGCACUCACUCAUCCCUGUCUACAUCCAUGUCCUGCCCCCCGAAACAUUCUUGCCUUCAUUCACCCAGUCUCAGUAUUCCUUUACUGUUGCAGAAGAUACAGCCAUCGGGAGCAUAGUAGACACCCUGAGGAUUUUGCCCAGUCAAAAUGUCCGGUUUAGCACUGUCAAUGGGGAACGGCAAGAAAAUAACAAGGGGGGUGUUUUCAUCAUAGAACAGGAGACAGGCACGAUCAAACUUGACAAGCGCCUUGACCAUGAGAUCAGCCCUGCUUUCCACUUCAAAGUUGCAGCCACUAUACCCCUGGACAAGGUAGAUAUUGUGUUUACUGUGGAUGUAGAUAUCAAGGUGUUGGAUUUGAAUGAUAACAAGCCAGUUUUUGAAACACCAAGCUACGAGACCAUCAUAAUGGAAGGGAUGCCAGUGGGCACCAAAGUCACACAGGUGAGAGCUAUCGAUGUGGAUUGGGGGGCCAACGGGCAGGUCACUUACUCCCUCCACUCCGAUUCCCAGGCCGAAAAGGUAAUGGAAGCAUUCAAUAUUGACAGCAACACAGGCUGGAUCAGCACCUUGAAGGACCUAGAUCAUGAGACGGAUCCCACAUUCACCUUCUCCGUGGUAGCCUCCGACCUUGGAGAAGCCUUUUCUCUCUCUUCCACAGCUUUGGUCUCUGUCAGGGUGACAGAUAUAAAUGACAAUGCACCAGUCUUUGCCCACGAGGUGUACCGAGGGAAUGUGAAGGAGAGCGACCCACCAGGCGAAGUGGUUGCUGUUCUUAGCACAUGGGACAGAGACACUUCUGACAUUAAUCGCCAAGUGAGCUACCAUAUUACAGGAGGGAACCCCCGAGGAAGGUUUGCCCUGGGCCUGGUGCAGAAUGAGUGGAAGGUCUAUGUGAAGAGGCCUCUAGAUAGAGAAGAGCAAGACGUUUACUUCCUCAAUAUCACUGCCACCGAUGGGCUCUUUGUCACACAGGCCCUGGUGGAAGUGACUGUCAGUGAUGUGAAUGACAAUAGCCCAGUCUGUGAUCAGGUUGCAUAUACAGCAUUAUUUCCCGAAGACAUUCCAUCAAAUAAAAUCAUCCUGAAGGUCAGUGCCAAGGAUGCCGAUAUUGGAUCCAAUGGAGAUAUACGAUACUCACUCCAUGGAGCUGGAAACGAUGAAUUUUUUCUAGAUCCAGAAAGUGGUGAGUUAAAAACCUUGGCUUUGUUGGAUCGGGAGAAGGUCCCUGUGUACAGCCUGAUUGCCAAGGCCACAGACGGGGGUGGCAGGUUCUGCCAAUCCAAUAUCCGCUUGAUCCUGGAGGACGUGAACGAUAACCCCCCUGUAUUUUCUUCUGACCACUAUAAAGCCUGUGUCUAUGAGAACACGGCCACCAAGGCCCUGUUAACCAGAGUUCAAGCCGUGGACCCUGACGAAGGCAUCAACAGAAAGGUCUUGUACUCCCUGGCGGAUUCUGUGGAUGGGUUUUUCUCCAUUGACGGCUCCUCCGGCAUCAUUAUCCUGGAGCAACCACUGGACCGAGAGCAGCAGUCCUCCUACAACAUCAGUGUGCAGGCCGCCGACCAGAGCCCUGGACAGGCUCUAUCCUCUCUCACCACCGUCACCAUCACUGUCCUGGACAUCAACGACAACCCCCCUGUGUUUGAGAGAAGGGACUACCUGGUGACAGUGCCUGAAGACACCUCCCCUGGUACCCAAGUCCUUGCUGUUUUUGCCACCAGCAAAGAUAUCGGCACAAAUGCUGAGAUUAUGUACCUCAUCCGGUCUGGGAAUGAACAAGGGAAGUUUAGGAUCAACCCAAAGACAGGGGAGAUUUCUGUCUCUGAAGUCCUGGACUAUGAAUUUUGCAAAAAGUUUUUCCUGGUGGUGGAAGCCAAAGAUGGGGGUACCCCCGCUCUCAGUGCAGUGGCCACAGUCAGCAUUAACCUCACGGAUGUGAAUGACAACCCUCCUCAGUUCAGCCAAGACGUCUACAGCGCUGUCAUCAGUGAAGACGCCUCAGUCGGGGACUCUGUCAUUUUGCUAAUAGCAGAAGAUGUAGACAGCCAGCCCAAUGGACAGAUUCAUUUCUCCAUAGUGAAUGGAGAUCGGGACAAUGAAUUUGCUGUAGAUCCUCUCUUGGGACUUGUUAAGGUUAAGAAGAAAUUGGACCGGGAACGGGUGUCUGGAUACUCCCUACUUGUCCAGGCAGCUGACAGUGGCAUUCCUGCCAUGUCAUCAACAACAACUGUCAACAUAGAUAUUUCUGAUGUGAACGACAACAGCCCAGUCUUUACACCUGCUAACUAUACUGCUGUGAUUCAGGAAAAUAAGCCAGUAGGCACCAGCAUUUUGCAACUGGUGGUGACAGACAGAGAUUCCUUUCACAAUGGGCCUCCCUUCUCAUUCUCUAUUUUAUCUGGAAAUGAAGAGGAGGAGUUUGUGUUGGACCCACAUGGAAUCCUGCGGUCAGCCGUGGUCUUCCGGCACACAGAGUCUCCAGAAUAUGUGCUAUGUGUCCAGGCAAAGGAUUCAGGCAAACCCCAGCAAGUUUCUCAGUCCUACGUUCACGUGCGGGUCAUUGAGGAAAGUAUCCACAAGCCCACGGCCAUCCCCCUGGAAAUUUUCAUUGUCACCAUGGAGGACGACUUUCCUGGUGGAGUCAUUGGGAAGAUCCACGCCACUGAUCAAGACAUGUAUGACGUGCUCACAUUUGCCCUGAAAUCGGAGCAGAAGAGCUUGUUCAAAGUGAACAGUCAUGAUGGGAAAAUCAUUGCCCUGGGAGGUCUGGACAGUGGCAAGUACGUUCUGAAUGUGUCAGUGAGUGACGGCCGCUUCCAGGUGCCCAUUGAUGUGGUCGUGCAUGUGGAACAGCUGGUCCAUGAGAUGCUGCAGAACACCGUCACCAUCCGCUUCGAGAACGUGUCCCCUGAGGACUUCGUGGGGCUGCACAUGCAUGGGUUCCGACGCACCCUGCGGAAUGCGGUCCUCUCGCAGAAGCAGGACAGCUUGCACAUCAUCAGCAUCCAGCCUGUGGCAGGCACUAACCAGCUGGACAUGCUGUUUGCGGUGGAGAUGCACAGCAGUGAGUUCUAUAAGCCAGCCUACCUGAUCCAGAAGCUGUCCAACGCCAGGAGACAUCUGGAGAAUGUCAUGCGUAUCUCAGCCAUCCUGGAGAAGAACUGCUCAGGGCUGGACUGUGAGGAGCAGCAUUGCGAGCAAGGCUUAUCACUGGAUUCACAUGCACUCAUGACGUACAGCACGGCUCGCAUCAGCUUUGUGUGUCCGCGUUUCUACAGGAAUGUGCGCUGCACCUGUAAUGGAGGACUGUGCCCAGGUUCCAACGAUCCUUGUGUGGAGAAGCCGUGUCCAGGGGACAUGCAGUGUGUUGGUUAUGAAGCAAGCAGGAGACCAUUCCUCUGCCAGUGUCCACCAGGGAAGCUCGGAGAGUGCUCAGGGCACACUUCUCUCAGCUUUGCUGGAAACAGUUACAUCAAAUACCGGCUUUCUGAAAAUAGUGAAGAAGAGGACUUUAAGCUAGCUCUGCGUCUACGAACCCUGCAAAGCAAUGGAAUUAUAAUGUACACCAGAGCAAAUCCCUGCAUAAUUCUGAAGAUCGUGGACGGCAAACUGUGGUUCCAGUUGGACUGCGGCAGCGGCCCCGGCAUCUUGGGCAUCUCGGGCCGCGCUGUCAACGACGGGAGCUGGCACUCAGUCUUCCUGGAGCUCAAUGGCAAUUUCACGAGCCUGUCGCUGGACGACAGCUACGUGGAGCGGCGCAGGGCGCCCCUCUACUUUCAGAGGCUGAGCACCGAAAGCACCGUCUACUUCGGAGCCUUGGUGCAGGCGGAUAACAUCCGCAGCCUGACAGACACGCGGGUCACGCAGGUGCUGAGCGGCUUCCAGGGCUGCCUGGACUCGGUGGCGCUGAACAACCACGAGCUGCCACUGCAGAACAAGCGCAGCAGCUUCGCGGAGGUGGUGGGCCUGACGGAGCUGAAGCUGGGCUGCGUGCUCUACCCAGACGCGUGUGAGCGCAGCCCGUGCCAGCACGGAGGGAGCUGCGCCGGCCUGCCUUCCGGGGGUUAUCAGUGUACCUGUCUCUCACAGUUCACCGGGAGAAACUGUGAAUCCCAGAUCACAGCCUGCUUCCCCAACCCCUGCCAGAAUGGAGGAUCCUGUGACCCGAUAGGAAACACAUUCAUCUGCAGUUGUAAAGAUGGACUCACUGGAGUCACGUGUGAGGAGGACAUCAACGAGUGCGAGCGAGAGGAGUGCAAGAACGGCGGCUCCUGCGUCAACGUGUUCGGCUCCUUCCUCUGCAACUGCACCCCCGGCUACGUGGGUCAGCACUGCGGGAUGCGCCCCGUGGUGGUGCCCGACAUCCAGGCCGGCCACUCCUACGUGGGGAAGGAGGAGCUCAUCGGCAUCGCCGGCGUCCUCUUAGUCAUCUUCAUCUUGAUCGUCCUCUUCAUCGUCUUCCGCAAGAAGGUCUUCCGCAAGAACUACUCCCGCAACAACAUCACGCUGGUGCAGGACCCCGCCACGGCCGCGCUGCUCAACAAGAGCAACGGCAUGCCCUUCCGGACCCUGCGCGGCGGCGACGCGCGCAACGUCUACCAGGAGGUGGGGCCCCCGCAGGUGCCCGUGCGCCCCAUGGCCUACACCCCGUGCUUCCAGAGCGAUUCCAGAAGCAACCUGGACAAGAUCGUGGACGGGCUGGGGGGCGAGCACCAGGAGAUGACCACGUUUCACCCCGAGUCACCCGGCAUCCUGACAGCCAGGCGGGGUGUGGUCGUGUGCAGUGUGGCCCCCAACCUCCCCGCCGUGUCGCCCUGCCGCUCGGACUGCGAUUCCAUCCGGAAGAAUGGCUGGGACGCAGGGACUGAAAACAAAGGGGUCGAUGACAUGGGAGAGGUGACCUGCUUUGCAGGGAGUAAUAAAGGCAGCAACUCUGAAGUUCAGUCCCUCAGCUCCUUCCAGUCGGAUUCUGGCGAUGACAAUGCAUCCAUAGUGACUGUCAUUCAGCUUGUCAACAAUGUAGUUGACACUAUAGAAAAUGAAGUGUCUGUCAUGGACCAAGGACAGAACUACAACCGAGCCUAUCACUGGGAUACCUCUGAUUGGAUGCCAGGGGCCCGCCUGUCAGAUAUAGAGGAAGUGCCCAACUAUGAGAACCAGGAUGGAGGGUCUGCACACCAAGGCAGCACACGGGAGCUAGAGAGCGAUUACUACCUGGGCGGCUAUGACAUCGACAGCGAAUACCCACCUCCUCAUGAGGAGGAGUUCUUGAGUCAGGACCAGCUGCCCCCUCCCCUGCCAGAGGACUUCCCGGACCAAUAUGAGGCCCUGCCACCCUCCCAGCCUGUCUCACUGGCUGGCACACUGAGCCCGGGCUGCAGGAGAAGGCCACAGUUCCAUCCUAGCCAAUACCUCCCUCCUCACCCCUUCCCCAAUGAAACCGAUUUGGUGGGCCCACCUGCCGGCUGUGAGUUUAGUACUUUUGCCGUGAGCAUGAACCAGGGCCCAGAGUCCACAGGCCCAGCAGACAACGUGUCUUCAUCCUUGCACAGUUCCAGAGGCACCUCAUCCUCGGAUGUGUCAGCCCACUGCGGCUUUGACGAUUCCGAAGUAGCCAUGAGUGACUACGAGAGCGUGGGAGAGCUCAGCCUCGCCAGCCUUCACAUUCCAUUCAUCGAGACCCAGCACCAGACCCAAGUGUAAAGGGCACGUGGCAUGGGCUUUGCACUGUUUGUUACAGAAACAUGGAAGGAGAUCAGCUGGGCUUACGGCUCAAUGGAGAGUUGUCUGUUGAGGGAGAAGGAAAUCGAGUAUUUUCCACUAAGAACUUCUUCACAAAUAAUACUGUCACAGGCAAGCUCGGUUCCAGUUGGGGGAUAAAGAGAGGCUCAGAAUUUGUUUCUGAGCGGUGACUGGUAAUCUUUGCAGUAUGUACCUGCACUUAGACUGCACGCCUAAUUUUUAAAGGAGGAAAAGUUGUUUCACCCACAGAGUUACCCACCGUAAAUCUUUUAUCACUUUGUGCAGUAUUGUGCCCUGGAAACUAUUGCAGCAUCCGUCUUUGCAGUAUUAUUAACUGGCAACAAUCAAAAAGGCAUUGUUGUGUGUAAUUUUGAGCCAGUGGGGGAGGGAGGAAAAUAGUAGUUACGGUUGUUGGAAAAGUUAGUCUCUUAGGCGAAAGAAAAGAGAAACAAAUGUUAUUAAACAAGCAAGGAGAUGGGCUGAAGCCUUUAAAAUCAAUACUAUAUUUUUUAAUAAGCUGCCCAAUUUUCAACUAUUCAAUUAAGUUUGGGUAACAUGUUUAGUAGGCUGAAUUAUUUCUGUUUUAAGCAUCCAGUAUCAUGUAGCUAGGCGGUAUGAUCUUUGAGAAGGGUGUCAGUGGAGAGCAAACAUGAGGCUAUUUGGGUGCCAUUCUAUGUGUUGGGGAGAAGUUGAUGUUGUUCAGAUAUUAGAAGGAAUGUGACUAUCUGGUUUUGUUAUUUCUGGUAAACAUUCCUGGCUGAAAUCACAAUUAUAGCAUUGCUAUAGAAAUUGACCUUUGUUCUGAGAAUCAGGAAAUGAACUAGUAUAUUAGAAUGAGAGAUAUUGUGAAGUUUAAGCAGUAUUUCCAAAUUGGGGGUAGGGGGAGAAAAUAUAUUUUCAAAGUUUUCAGCCUGGAUAAUCACAAUUCUUGAUAAUGCAGAUUUAAAAGUACUUGUUAUUCUAAAUUGAUAACAUCAUCACUAUAAAUACAAUUACCUUAAAAAGAAGAGGAAAGUAGAUUAGUUAUUGUGUAUAAAGUACAGUAGUAUGUGUUUAUGGGGCUAUGUACAAAUAUGUGCUUGCACUCAAUAAGGCUGCUGUUGAGGAAAACUAACAUGAAGGCUUUAGGUUAUGAACCAUGUUGAAAAUCCUGCCAGUGAGGCAGAACUUCCCGUUUCUCUGAUCUCUAUGAUGUUAAAGAAACAUCAAAUGCCAUAUUUACCCCAGUUCAGUUAACUUGAUUUUGGGACUGCCUUUUAUAUAAACUAAAAGCCAAAUUGUGCUUUUUAAAACAGUAUUUUGUUAUAAUUUUCCAGAUCUAAACUCUAUUUGAAAAAAUAGGUAAUGUUUAAUUACACACUGGGUUUCUCCUCCCACCUGACCUGUGGGCUUUGGCCGUGAACUUCCAAAAUUGACAAGAGAAUUAUCCCAUUGGAAAUACAAUAACAAUACUCAAAACUUAAACUUGACAAGUUGAGCAACUUUCCUCUUUUGCUUCAAUCAGAUUAUGGCUGCAUAUGCAGUGGCCAUGGUAAAUAGAUGCAUAUUUGCACUGUCUGCUUAAUGAGCAAAUCUCUGUGUCCACAGUUUCUGAUGACAUAUGGCAUGGCUGUGUAAAUCAUACCAUCCUGAGUCUGUGUAUCGUCCACCAAGACAUAGCUUUAGUUCCACUUCUCCGUAGGAGUCAGUGUCUCUGAACUUUAUUGAAAAAAAAAAAAAUCCCUUUUCAUUCCCAAGUGUCCUCAGUUUAUGGACACACUUCACAGGUUUUUCCGCCUUUCUCCCCUUCCUGCCUCUUGGUCAGACCUACUAGUGAAGGUGUUAUCCAUACUGUGAUUUUGAAAUAAAUUAAUUCCACUAAGGCUGCUUCUGAGAAUAAAGUCUUCGGUAUUUUUCUUAUGUAAGAAGCACAUUUGCAACAAUCAUGGCGAAAAUGACAAACUAAUGGUCUAGAAUAGAAUCACUCUUACACUUAUAAUAAUGCAACAACAUAAAAAUUAUCAAAGUAAAACCAACAAUUCAUUUCUUGCCCCCAGGAAAUAUUAGAAUGAGAUUAAUGCUGAUGAGUCACCACUGCUUACACAGCAUCUCCUCGAGGGGAAUGCCUGACAGACACAGAAAUGAGGAAAUAAAGAGAUCCUAAUCCAGUUGUGAAAUUGCUGAAGAAAAUUGUGUCCAUUCCCCCCAUCCCCCGCUCCUGCCUUUGCUCUGACCUAAAUAAAAUACCUCUUCUAUAGGAUGCCUUCCACAGAUUUUCUGCAGAAUAUCUCUUCUACUAAAUAUAUACCAGACAAGCCCAUGUUAUAUUUUGAUUCAUUAUCUUUAAACACAUAAUAUCUCUUUGCCUUUUGGAAAAUUAGAUUUUCCUGUUGAUUACAAAAUGGUUUGCAGUCAGGCCAAGAUGGAGCUAGGUUAUCUGACCUCAAACUGGAGAGUUGGAAGGGUCCUUAGGAUCUGCCAGUCCAACUCCCCUAUUUUAUAAAAAAGGAAACAUGCCCAGUGAGGGGAAGGAACUUGCCCAAGCUCACACAGUUCAGUGACUGAGCAGGGACUCAAAACGUGGUGAUUUGACCAAAAUUCUUUACAACACUGCCCAUCACUAAACUGCCUUGGGCUUUGUUGUCACCUGAUUCUGCUGAACCCUCUGACUGUUCAAUUUUCCUGCUUUGGAAUAUGUUAGAAAAUUUCUAAGAAAAGUGCAGUUACAGAAUUCACACAUUUCUUUGGACAUUUAUCAAAAUGCUGCUUUUGCCAAAUGAACAUUCUUUACAAAGGGGAAGGAAUGCUAAUUACACAAUUGAACUCAGACCAGUCAUAAAUUGUGGUGAACCCUUGAUUAUAAUGUUACCUACUGGGUGCAUUUUUGUUGUUCUUUUUUCCUCCUACUGUCAGUAUUGGUGUUUUUUCCUGCUCCCACCUCGGUGAUGAACCACUUGGAAAAUACUUGAGCCAAUUCGUCUGUUUCCCUUUUUAUAACAUGGGCCACUUUCUAGAAGCCAUUUUUCCAUAACCUGUUGUAGGCACUUUACCUGUUUUGCACACGUUAUGGUUAGGUCAGGGGUAGUUAGACUGUUAAUGUUUGUUGUACAGUAAACAGGACUGUGGGACAGUAAAAGAUGAAUCAAGUAGGUGCUUGAUUUAUUCCCUUUCUUCCAUGAGUAUUUUGCUGCUAGUUUCCAUGCCAACUUUCAGUGGACUCACGUCAUGCCCAUCCAUGAAAUGCCAUCAUAGAAGACUUAGUAAUAUAAAUAGGUCAAAUCCAUGCAUUUAAGGUCUGGAAAGGGAGUUUAUAAUGCAUUCCUGGAAUUUAUCUGGAACCGCUCUUUGGAAUCAGUAGCACAGCCUGGGGGGAGAAAAGCUAGUAAAAUGUAUAUACCAUUGACCCUUUCCUACUUACUCCCUCCCAGCCCACCCACUGUCCCCACUAAUGUUGUGUCUAUGUAAUCAAAGUCAGGGGAAAUGAGAAAAGGAAUUAUCAAAACAAAUCAUAUCAGUCAGGAAACACUCUGAUGUGAAGUAAGUCAGGAAGACCCAGUGUUCAUUUUACAUGGUCCAGAUAAUUAUCUGAUCUCUUUACUUCUCUGGCCUCCCAAGGCACAGAUUUUGCUAAAGUGGUUAGUCUUUUAUGUUUUGUGUUUUUAGUUUCAAACCGUGGGAAAUGGAGAUUUAAGGACGCAUUUCUUCGGUGCCAUCGUUUUGUGUGGUCUGUGAGAAGGUAGUUAUAUAUUUUUGCUGGUUUGUGUCCUACAGCGUUCAACUGCACAUUAUUCUGAUGAAAAUCUACAGUUUUUAAACUUCUGGUUAUAUAAAUCUGGGGUUUAAAGUCACCUGUUGUGGAUUUGACAUCAGUUAAUAUUUAGCCAGUUGGCUAAGAGAUAGGAAAAGAAUGAGAUAUUUCUUUCCUUAUGUAAUAAUGAAAAGCAAUAAUUACAAUUAUGUAAUAUUACACAAAGGCCAUAAUUAGUCUCUUCCAGUGUUUAGGAUGCACUAGAGAAUCAUAUAGUCAUUUGGAGUCUGUUUGGACCCAUUAGUAUGUACUGUAGUACCCUUCCAGCAAGCAAAUACCUGAAUUGCUACCAUUUAACAAUUUUAUGAGCCCAUACUACUGCAUUUCGGGAAGUGACAAAAAUGUUUGGAAACAGAAGCAGUUCUUUUUAAGCACUGUAUGAGAAUGACUGUCUUGUAAAUUUACCUGUUGCAAACAGGCUGAUUUGUAAAAGAUGUACGUUUUGGUGUUUAAAAUGUUUAUAAAAUUGUAUAUAAUGGUUUUGAUUUUCCAGGCUUUUGUAGAUACUGUAUUUGAUGCCUAUUAGGAUGCUUUAAUUUGGGGGGUGGAAUAUAAUUCAGAGUCAUCCAAACUGUUCAUCUGCAACUGUUGAGGUAACUACUCUCAGAAAAGGAUUUUAGAUUUGAAAAUGAUGUUUUUAAUCAUUUCAAAAUGUACUGUAAUCUUUCUUUGGUACCACUGUUUUCAUUUAACUUUUUUCUGUUUUCAAGAAAGUGUUUUUAUUUGCAUUUUUUUAAAUGAAUGUGUUUUGCCAGUUACUAAGUAUCUGAUUUUUAUGCCAUUUCAGAUUCAGAAUGAGGUAUGUCAGUUCUUCACACACGUGCACACUCACCCGAACUUGCACACACGUCGCACACCAAACCUUAUGCAAAGGGGAAAGCUGACACAGCGAAUCUCGUCCCUCAUGGAGAUGGACUGUUUCUGCACAUAUUGCUGUUGGCAGAAUUCAGCCUUGUGUUCUUUUUCUAAAAAAUGAAAGAAAAACAAAAAAAGACAGUUAAAAAAAAUCCCAACAGUGUACAGGUUUGUAACUGCCAAAAAUUUGAUGGUUAAAAAAGUUUUCAAGUAAAAA